UAUCCAACUUAUAACUAAAUCUUAAAACAGUAAACUGUACUUCAAAUACAAGAAACAUAAAUGAAAAUGGAUGGUGAUCAGGCAAAGGACAGCCCUUCAAAACCAGCUGAAAAUGUUAAGAAUAAAUCUGGGGAACCAUUAGGAUUAAGUACCAAAAUUGCUCUUGAAACAUUACAUCGUGAUAUUAAAAGAGUCUUACAAGAAUACGAAGAAGAUUGCAAAAAAAAUAAAAAAUAUAAAGCUUGGCUAAAGGAUACUUUACAUCAUCGUAGUCAAUACACAACUCUUUGUUGGACAUCAGCAAUUGCACUUUUGAUCAAUGCCAUUAUCCUUGUUAGUGCAUUCUUCACAAUUGACGAUACAUGGUACCCUACACUGCCUUACGAAGGACUGACUGUAUGUUGUUUAGUAGUGUUAAAUUUUAUUUUAGUUGUAUCUGAUAAUAAAUUGCGACACGAAGAAAUUCCUUAUAGAGUACAAGUUCUUCUUGAUCAAUUAGAAGUGGCAAAAAGUAUUUGUCAGUGGAAUCCUGAAAAUUACCCACAUUUAUGUAGUCCAUUGUCUCCUUGUUUAACAUUACAAUGGUGUUAUCGUGAUGGUUGUAUAGUAAAUUUGCCCUGGGCAUUAUUAGUUGCUGGUGAUAUAAUUGUUAUAAAACCUGGGCAACAAGCACCUGGAUACUGUAUUCCUUAUGAUGAUCCUGAUGCACCAGUGUUACAUGCAAGAGAAGUAUUCAGUCCACAAGUUCAUAGCGCAAAUGAAAUUUUUUCAACACCACAGGCUCGAACGCCAUUGAAGAAUAAAAUGUAUAAACUUCAAGAAACACCGUAUUUGAUGAACCUCAGAAUGGCUCUCGAUCAAGCCCUCGAUAGACCGGUCACAUAUCACAAUCGUAAACGGCAUCUCUUAAUGAUUUGUUGUAUCGAACAACAAGCUUACCCGAUUCUUUUGAUCAUUGUGUUAGUUGUAAACUUGUUUCGAUACUUGUACGUAUCGGAAUAUUUUGGUGUCGGUUAUUGGAACGAGAUGUUCUUGCUACAACCGAUUGCUAUUAGUAUCCCUUUACUUCCAUUAGUAUUUCCGACUUGUUGGAUUUUUUUAAAUUGUUUUGGAAUGGCUCGUUUCAAAGCACUGUUUAAACUUUAUCAAUCUUCGAAGAAACUUCAGUUUGUGGACCCUUUUGAAGAUGCAGAUAUUUCUGGACCUAGCCAUCCAGAAGUAGUGUACAAUUGGUUGGAAUUGAAAGAAUACUUUUUUAAUAUCUUGUCUGGCAAAGAGCACAUGAUGUCGAGAUCCGCCAGUAUUCUACAUGUUUUAGGAUCAGUUACGGCACUGUGUUGCGUAGAUAAGAAAGGGAUUCUUUCAUGGCCUAAUCCAACUGCGGAGAAAGUAUUUUUUUUACGAAACGCUAAUACUCUAUCCCCGUCUUCAAGCACUGGUAGUUUAGACAGAGCCUCGGAACCUCAGUGUCAAACGCAAACUGAAGAUUCUAAGCAGGAUUCGAAUAAAACGUCAUAUGUAACACACGAUAUGUCUCACUCAACAGCUGAAGUCUUGGAUCUCACUCACGAUCAUGCUUUGCCAUUUCGUCUACAGUUUGACGAUCAUUCCUGGAGGCAACACUUGAACUCGUUAAAACCCCUCGGUUUAGCAAUCCUCCUCAACACGUGUAAUAUGGACACCCAAGAACAUUAUAUGCAGUUUUGUUGCCAUGUCACGUGUGAAGCUCUGUAUAAUGAGAAUCUUGUACCGGUCACGAAUAGACGCUACCAGGAUCACAGUGUAGAAGAUAAGAGUCUGUAUCAGGCAAAAGAUACAAUGCAAAGUUCAAGACACGUGUAUUUAGUCGACGAAUCAGGCAGCCUUGGACAUAUGUGGUGUUUAUGUGAAUUAGCGAAGCAGAUAGGUUUCCAAGACCAGGCUCAAAAUAUAUUCCAAUUGGAGCAACAGUUAUCUACGUUUAGGCACGUUCAACCAGAAAUGGUUCGACGAGACAUAAAGUUUGCACGAUCCCUAAGUAUUGCAACGAAGUUAAAGUUUCCAUUCCCGCACAUGGUCGCCGUAGUAGUUAGGGAACGCAGUGGAGGUGGUUUGCAAUUGCUCACUCAGGGUACAGCUGACAUAAUUUUGGAUUCCUGUAUCGAAUUCUGGGACGGCCACGACCUCUGUCCACUCUCAGCGUCCGAUAGGAAAAAGGUGCAGGAUUUCUAUCAGAGAACUAGUUUGACAUCAUACUGCACCGCAUUUGCAUACAGGCCACUGACUCGUGGUAUCUGCGAUAAGAUGACUAAAAUAUACUUAGAACUUCCUGCAGAUAGCAAACAUUUAUAUGCACCUCACAGAAGUCCCACUCCGCUACCUUGGGACUUUAGAAACGUUCUCGAUCCCAGAGUAAAAGGCAUACUUGGACAAUUUCAUUCGACCGAUUCCUUACUGUGCAAUGAAAACAAGGACGAUAACGUAAAUGACGUUGACAGUUGCUUCGAAGUUCAGUGCAAUCAGGUAUUCAUUGGGAUGGUGACCAUGCAGUAUCAAGCACAAACGGAUAUGGUACAGUUAAUCGAGCAACUGGACAGGGCUUGCAUCCGAUUUGUUCACUUCAGUAAAGAGAACGAACUAAGAUCACGAGUAUUCUCGGAGAAAAUGGGACUCGAGAGCGGAUGGAAUUGCCAUAUAUCGUUGCUGAGUGAGAGAGCUAGGAGACAGCAAUGGCUGGAGAGAUAUCCACACAUGCCCCCAUCGUAUAUGUCCGAGAGUCCAGUGGGUUGGUGGGUGAGCCAGGCAGCAGCCAUGUCCUCACCCACUCCCUCGGCCCAAUCUCAUCAGCAUAAUUACUCCUGCAUGGAUGAGGCCAGCCACUUGCUUAAUCGUGUCUCUCCUCGCACGAAUCUGGAUAACAGCCGUGCCAUGAGUAUGUCUGCUCCCAGCGCUAUAAAUACCGACUUCUCCACCGUGAAAUUCGACGAUGAGACCACGGAAUGGAACGAUACUGGAACAUCUCAAGUUAAAAGCGCCAUGAGCCAUAGGGAACAAGACAUGGUGAGGAGCGAGGACAGCGUUCUUGUGCAAAGCGUGGAUUUAGGUUCCGGGCAAGAAACAUGGCGGUCCCUAAGUUGUCUUACAGACAGCACGGAGCAAAGUGCUCCCGUAAAUUUUGACCUAUCGAACAGGGCGAAACUACCUCGAGGCAUCGAUAAGAUUCGACCACACAUAGAACUGAUAGACAAUGUACCCCUUUUGGUAUCUCUGUUCACUGAUUGCAACACUGCUGUUACGAGGGAAAUGCUGCACAUUAUGCAAGAUUAUGGGGAAGUUGUUUGUGUUCUUGGCUCUUCUGCUAACGCAGAGAACAUGCCCAUCUUUAUGCAAGCUGAUGCAGGAGUGGCAGUAGAACCGUUGUAUCCGCAAGUUUGUCAGAGAGUCCCGGUUCUGUCACCAACCACAGACGACCAAGGUCCGUCUCCAGUCGAUUUGAGCAGAGCACUGAACUCUAUUUCCUGCUCGUUGAGCGUUAAACGGGAAGAUCCGAUUGCGAUUUUCCAUUUAAUUAUGGAGGCUCGACAUUACAUGACGUCCCUCUGGAAUUGCGUGCAAUUCUGGCUCUGUUGUACAGUUACCCUCUCCUUCACUCAAGCUGUAUCUGGUUUCUUGCUGCUACCACCUCUGUUCUCAGUCGAUCAAGUCUUAUGGUUGUGUUGCUUAAUCAUUCCAAUGUUAUCUAUAUCCAUGAUCGCUACGCCCAUGGAUCCUACCAUAAUGCAACGUGCAACUGGUAAAAAUCAGUGUACCGUAAACGGCCAGAUUGCUCUGUUCGUUUUGUGGUGUUACGGUAGCAAAUUUUUACCAACAGUCAUAACGAUAGUUUUAUCCCAGUGUAUGUCGCUUCUAACUUUGUGCCCGACCUACACAGCAGACGCCAAGUGCUUGUAUGUGUAUCCCGAUCCACAGGGUGAAAUCUCAUGGGGUGGUUGGGGCGAUAAACCGAAUAUUAUUUUAGUGAUACAACACUUUGCCUUGUCAUUAUUAGUCUUACAUUUAGUCACGAUAUCCAUAAGCUUUGUACAUAGAGAGUAUUCCAUUUGGAAGAAACAACCAUUUAACAAUUAUGUAUGGUUCUUAAGUGCAUUUAUAGCAUUAUGCGCACAAGCAGCAUUCUCAGGAACUGUCUUCUGCAAAUUUUGGAGGGACGAAGGGCAAAGUAUCGAAGGUUUCCCUCUGCAGCUUCCCUUAUUUUUCUUGAUUUCGUUGCCACUGAUUUUUGCGAUCAACGAAUUGAUCAAGUGGCAAGAGAUUAAGGUAAACGUGAGGUACCAGAAGAGAGCGCGGCUAGAGUUCGGUACAAAACUCGGAAUGAAUUCGCCGUUUUAACGAAUUUUAAUUCCGAAUACGA